AUGCGAACAACGUCAAAGAACACGCGAAGCUUACGUUCUCGAUCUUUUUCCGGCAGGAAUUCGGCGCGGUACCAUCCCUACGGCUCAGGACUCCCACAGCCUGCACCAAAGCGUGCUGCGAAGUCACCUCUUAUUGCUGCCUCCACUUUGACGCCAGGCUCGACAUCUCAGGUAGGAAAGUCUCGCAAGAACGCACGGUCCCUCCCUGUUCCCGUUCCAGUCCCUAACCUCACGAAAAAGUCGAGGGGUCGUCGCGUGCCGACUGUGAAUAAUGCCGGCGGCAGCGGUCGGGCCCGAGGUUAUAGUGACCCCCUCGGAAGUCGGAUCUAUUUGUGUGACAUUAGCGGUUGUGGCAAGUGUUUCGCAAGAGGAGAGCACCUGAAACGACACAUCAGGAGCAUCCACACCAAUGAAAAGCCGCAUAGAUGUCCAUACCCUGGUUGUGGAAAGGAGUUCAGUCGGCACGAUAACCUAGGCCAGCACAUGAAAGUCCAUAAGGAUCUUCCCAAGUUGAUGGAGAGGAUGGGUAUGGUGGAUGACAUUUAA